AAGCAGUCACUACAAGUGUUUCUGAUUUCAAUAUCAGGCUAUUUACUAUUGAACACAAUUUGAUCAUAUGCAAUUAUGUCUGGGUAUAAGCCUGCAGCUAUUCAAACAUACCCGAUACUGGGUGAAAAGAUCACCCAAGAUACACUGUACUGGAAUAACUACAAGACCCCUGUUCAGAUUAAGGAGUUCGGAGCAGUGACCAAAGUUGACUUUUCUUCACAGCCUCCAUAUAAUUAUGCAGUCACAGCUUCUUCAAGGAUUCACAUUUAUGGCCGUUACUCUCAAGAACCUAUAAAGACCUUUUCCCGUUUUAAAGACACGGCAUACUGUGCUACUUUCCGGCAGGAUGGCAGACUUCUUGUGGCAGGGUGUGAAGAUGGGGGAGUUCAGCUUUUUGAUAUAACCGGAAGGGCCCCCCUCAGACAAUUUGAAGGCCAUACAAAGGCAGUUCAUACAGUUGAUUUUACAGCUGACAAAUACCAUGUGGUUUCUGGAGCUGAUGAUUAUACAGUUAAAUUAUGGGAUAUUCCAAACUCCAAAGAAAUUCUAACAUUCAGAGAACAUACUGAUUAUGUCAGGUGUGGUUGUGCGAGCAAACUGAAUCCAGAUCUCUUUGUAACAGGGUCAUAUGAUCAUACUCUGAAGAUGUUCGACGCGCGGGCCAAUCAGAGUGUUCUCUCUAUAGAGCAUGGGCAGCCAGUGGAGAGUGUCCUGCUCUUCCCCUCUGGAGGUCUUCUAGUCUCAGCAGGGGGUCGUUAUGUUAAAAUCUGGGACAUGUUAAAAGGAGGACAAUUGCUGGUAUCUUUGAAGAAUCAUCAUAAGACAGUGACGUGUUUGUGUUUGAGCAGCUCUGGACAGAGACUGCUCUCUGGUUCCCUAGAUAGGAAAGUGAAAAUAUAUAGCACAACUUCCUACAAAGUAGUCCACAGUUUUGAUUAUGCAGCUUCAAUUUUGAGUCUUGCCCUUGCACACGAAGAUGAGACAAUAGUUGUAGGAAUGACCAAUGGAAUACUAAGUGUUAAACACCGGAAAUCUGAAGCAAAGAAGGAUUCACAUCCUAGGAGAAGAAGACCUGCAUAUCGAACUUUUAUUAAGGGAAAAAAUUACAUGAAGCAAAGGGAUGAUAUUUUAAUAAAUAAGCCAUUAAAGAAACACCUGGAGUUGUAUGACAGGGAUCUGAAAAAUUUUCGGAUAUCUAAGGCGCUUGACAGAGUCCUCGAGCCGAGCUGUACCAUAAAGACCCCUGAGAUUACAGUUUCCAUCAUAAAGGAGCUGAAUCGAAGAGGAGUUCUUGCAAAUGCCCUUGCAGGUCGGGAUGAGAAGGAAAUCAGUCGUGUUCUUAAUUUCUUGAUACGGAAUCUCCCUCAACCAAGAUUUGCCCCUGUGUUGAUUAAUGCUGCUGAAAUCAUCAUUGAUAUAUAUCUGCCUGUGAUUGGUCAGUCACCUGUUGUUGAUAAAAAGUUUUUGUUACUUCAAGGACUUGUAGAAAAAGAGAUUGAUUACCAAAGAGAGCUGCUGGAAACCCUGGGGAUGAUGGAUAUGCUUUUUGCUACCAUGACAAGGAAAGAAAGUGUUUCUGUGUUACAGCAUGCAUCUGAUGGAUUUUUAGACAAUAAGAAGAUCGAAUCAUAGUGUAUGCUUGAUAAGCCACCUGAGAACUCCUAAUUUGCAAUAUAUAAUGAUUGGAAGGAGAAUCUUCUACUUUGAUACAGUAUAGAUGCCAUUUACAGAAGCGAUUUUAUGAAAGCGAUAGGAAUAAUUAUGUUUGGAAAAUAGGUACCUGUUUUAAGACAUGGUUUACACAUGGUUCCCAUGUGAUAUUUUGAAUCAUCUUAUAUCUUAUCCGGAAGAUCUGAAUUGUUGUGGUCGUGGUAUGUCUCCCCUGGACAAGCUGCCAUUAAUUGUGAUGCAACAGAGCUCUGUGUCAUCUUUUGGGUGGGUGUUCAGAACUCUGUCGAGUGUUUCCACUGAGAGUUUAGCCCAAGGAACAGAGCUUUGUUCUUUACUCUGUCCUGCGAAAGAUCACCAGCAGAUCAGCAAAUGGCAUCAACGAAUAAACUUUCUUUACUCUG